GGCGCGGCCUAUGAUCGCUCCUCCCCCACCACCACCAGCUUUCGUCCGCAGUGACCUCUGUCCCUUUAACAUUAACGUCGUUAAGGAUUUCGCCGACGUAAAAUCCUCAGCAGCGUUGCACGGGCCGCUUUCAUUCAUCUGCACUUACAGCGUUCUGGGAAGAACAUGGCGCUGCUGACUCCUCUCUUCGCGUUUCUCUACCAUUUACCGCAGGUGUAUAAAUGGCUGUUGAAGCCGUAUUACGUGGCGUCGUUUUUUAUGUCGCUGGCUUUCCUGAUGGUCCGCAAGACUCCGGGAAUCUGUGAACAUCUUUCCACGCAGAGAGAGGACGGAAACCCCUGCGACUUCGACUGGAGAGAGGUGGAGAUACUGAUGUUUCUCAGUGCUAUAGUCAUGAUGAAAAACAGAAGAGCAAUAACUGUCGAGCAGCAUGUGGGGAACAUCAUCCUCUUCUGUAAAGUGGCCAAUGUGAUCCUGUUCUUCAGACUGGAUAUUCGCAUGGGACUGCUCUACCUUACCCUGUGCAUCGUGUUCCUCAUGACCUGCAAGCCUCCUCUGUACAUGGGCCCCGAGUACAUCAAGUACUUCAGUGAUAAGACCAUAGAUGAGGAAUUGGAAAGAGACAACCGUGUGACCUGGAUUGUGGAGUUCUUUGCGAACUGGUCUUCCGAGUGUCAGUCUUUUGCGUCCGUUUACGCUGAUCUGUCCUUGAAGUACAGCUGUGCUGGGCUGAAGUUCGGAAAAGUGGACGUGGGCCGUUAUGGCGAUGUGUCUAAGAAGUACAAGGUGAGCACAUCUCCUCUCUCAAAGCAGCUGCCGUCUCUGGUGCUCUUUCAGGGAGGGAAAGAAGUUAUGAGACGCCCCCAGGUGGACAAGAAAGGACGAGCAGUGUCUUGGAGCUUCACUGAGGAGAACAUCAUCAGAGAGUUUAAUUUAAAUGAGCUGUAUCAGAAAUCCAAGAAACUAAAUAAGACGAAAGGAGAGAGGAACGAGCCCAGUGAGUCGCAGUUCCCCCCAGUGCCUGAGGAGGACGAGGAACCCGAGGCGGAAGUUGCAGAGAUGGAGAGAGAGAGCAAGAAGGACAAAUAAGAUUGGGAGAGAACACUGGGACAUCACAGCAGAACUGUAUGGGUUUAUACACACACUCAGUGAUGUGCAGUGCCCGGAGUCGUGUGGGAACAUAAUGAUUGAAUUUUUUGUUUUGUUUUUUGUCGGAACCACCUAUAAUCAAACUUGUACCUAAAUGAAUGGAAUUGAAUUGAAAAGUGCUGAAUAAUGCUGUUUAAGAACACUUAACCAUCCACAGCCAUCCUUUAGAGGUUAAGUGAGAUAUUGUGCUGGCUCGCCUGCUGGUGAGUGUUUCAUUUUAACCAAAUUUAACAUUUCAUGCAUCCUACCUCUAAUGAGUUAAUGAGAUCGUUAUUGAUUAAUUUAGAUGGUAUAUUUUGUAGGUAGUUGCUUUUAAAUUAUUACUGACUACUAAUGGAAUUCUAAUCUUCAUUCCUUUUUUGUUAACUCCUACUUUUUCUAUUUUUUUCUUGGACAUUUAGUAAUUUUGGCCAUGUAUUUGUCUGAUUGCUUUGUGGUACUCAUUUGGUAACAAAAAGUGUUUACCAUUACGUUUCUGUAUGACAGCCUUGUUUUAUCUGAAGGGUACAACAGCUCUGUAUUAACUAUGACCAAAGCAUCAACUGUUAUGAGAUGAUAUUUUCAAAGCUUUGAUGUUCUGCCACAGACCUCUUUUAUUCGAACAUCUAGCAUUUGGUGAAGCUGCACAGUCGUAAAUAUUUGUGUCAGCUUGGCUUGAUGCUUCCAUCUCUGUGUUUUCCAUCUUGUGAAAAAUGGAAGUUUGUGGGAUGUUUUGGCAUUUUUUUUCAAAACGAACCCAUUGCUUUUCUCUGCUUUCCUUCAGGUCAUCCUGCAGUCAGUGGACUUACAUACCCACGCUUGUACGGGGCAUAAUUUCAGUUAGAUUGCACACACACAACUGUAUGCUGCAUGCACCCUAGUGACCGACUGAUUCUGACUUUAUUCCAAACCACAAUUACUGUAUAGUGUUUAACUCCAUUGCAGAUGGAUGUGACUGAGAUUGUAUGCUGGGAGAGGUUUUGGAUGAAUGUUGGCAUUCCAGUAAAAAUAAAAAAUAAAAAAUCCACACAAAGCUUAGUCCUCCGCCAUAGUUCUACUUUGUAUCCUAAACCCUAGUAUGUUUAAAGUGGAGGUCAUUUCUUUCUACGCAAUGUUAUGGUAAUGACUAAUAUGACCUCUUUAUCCCCACAAAUGUUUUCCAAGUCUAUUCUAACACAUCUGCUCACCACCUGAGAACUUUAAAUGAUCCAAAAAUUACAGCAAAGCAAAAAGUAGAAUUGAUUUAUUCUGGUUUGCUAUUUUGAAGAAACAUUGCCCACAACCAGACAAACAAGAAUCCUCUUAUACAACUUGGGCUCACUUAUCCAAAUGGUUUGUUCGUGUAAAUGAAGGCGGCAGUUUUUCGUCUGAAACCUGGUGUAAUUUCAUGGAUUGAUUAAAAAAAACAUUGUCAUAACAUGGAAUGAGGAAAUGCCAAGCAUAACUCGAUGCCGACGCGUCUGACGCGAAGAAGUCUAGUCCUUCUUGUUACUAAUUUGUAUGUAUUAAAUACAAAUAUACUAAAAUAUACCUUAAACAGGGAGGAAUCAAUUUAAGAUGCAUGACCUUGACCGUCUUUGGAUCAGUUCCAAAAUCUAAUCAGUUCAUCUGCUGGUUACAAUGAUAUUGUACAAAACAUUCAACCACUUGUUCUUGAGAUAUCGUGCUAAGGAGAAUCUUGUACAGAUAUCCUGAAAACAUAAUGCUGCAAACAGUUUCUGCAUAAAAUUGAGCAUUUACACCAAAUUUAAACACAAGGCCAUUCAUGUUUAUGGUUUUAAUUUGUUCAGAUCAUUAGAUUAAGACAAAUUGAAUAACAAUGGGAAUACCUUACCUCAUAUAAUCAUGACCAAAAAUGUCAUUCAAAGCUCAGUAAAGACAAAAUGCUCCUCACCUUUCACCUGAAUUCAAAUGAACAGAACCAGCCUGAAGGGGCCAGUAUUGGUGUUUGCACAUACAUCGUUCUGAGAAAGUUUGUGAACUCUUUGGAAUUAUUCACCAUGAAUGGCUCCUAAAAUGGCACCUGAUCUUCAUCCAAGUGAUGAACAGAGUUAUUUAGCAAACAUACAUGAUUACUUUGCCAUAUCCCUGUCAAACCAGUGGUUAAAUGUAUGGUUAUUGUUAGAAAAAACCACUAGGCACUGUUUUGUCUACCUGCUCUUCACAACAGAAUUCUGACUGAGAGAUUCAGAGCAAACAGAAGCAGGAAAUUAAGAUGUCUACAGUCUGAUGAAUUGUUUAAAAAUGGAAGAAUUAAUUGCUACUAUAGUUGCUAAGGGAGUGAACACCCUUAAAAGAACAGUGCAAGACUUCUGUGAACCUACCUUAAUAAUACACUGAACAGCUUUGCUGUCUCAAAGUGGCUCACAAACCUGAUGGACCGAUGAAAUUCAGAAAAGUCUUCAGCAGACCAUCAGGACACAUCAAUGCUAGAAAC